AUGAAUUCUUUGGACUCUCUCUUGCAGCUACACAACGAGGCUGAAAACGUGUUUGGCCAGCGCCUGCUGCUCCCUGUUGAUGAAGAGUUUGUGCAUUCCCUGCACGGUGAUUCAUUAACUGCGGUGCAACGCGCAGGUCACGGUUCUUUUCAUGCCUCUUACCAUAGCCUGCUUCAACGCACUCGCCAUCAUAGCUCUGGCGUCUCCCCUGGCAUUCCGCAACUCCUCUUUUCUUAUGUCGCAGAGGCUGUUGCCGGUAGUCGCAAUGGAGAGUUUAUGGGGCCACUUUGCGUGCCAAUGCGCAAGUCUCACGCGGCGACGCUGCGUUCAGAGGAGUACUUUUUGAUGGAGAAGAGCGAUGGCACGCGGGCAAUUUUGGUGUCGUUUUGUGUACAGGCGUUCCCGUGUUGGGUGCUCCGGGGCGGUAAUAGUUGGACCCGCAACUCUUUGCGCCUGGACGACGUGGCUGCUUUGGAAGAUGUACGGCAACUGGUCUGCCAGAGUACCAUGCCAUCGAGGAGUGGCUGGCCACUACAGCUUUCACUCGGUGCGUUUUAUGUUGAGAGUAAGGUAACGAUAUCGCCAGAUGGUGAAGUGGAAACAUUUACCUUAAAACCGUGCCCCGCAACGCCUUCUGCGGCUGCGGCUGCUACAAACAACAUUAUGGCGGAACGCAGGUUGGGUACACGGCAUAUGGGGUACUGCUUUGAUCGUUCUAUGACGCAGGCGUACCUUCUAUUGGAGGAGUAUGCAGUGCCCUCUCUUUUAGCCUUUGCUGUGGAUGGAGAAAUCAUGAUUGCCGUGAGUGACGUAGAAGAGAACGGGACGAAACCAAUUUUUGGGUGUUUUGACGUCUUUCGAUACACUCAAAUGAAGGAUGCCGAGGAUGGGGAUACCCCGCUGACGCGCUGGCCCAUGUCUAAACGAUAUGAAGUGUUGCGGAAUCUUAUAGUUGCACCCAUGCAUCCCGUCGAAAAUGCACGUACCCCAGCGCCUUGUUUACGUAUAUUUGCGAAGCAAAUGUUUCCAAUAAAGAAAUUUGCUAGAUGCGUUUCCCGGAUUCACCGAGUUGACACGGGUGAAAAAUUGGGGGUUGGGGAGUACUACUACGACGGGCCCCAUGGAUUGACAAGGAACGAUGGGUUUAUCUUUACCCCUGAAAAGUUUGAUCUUGUUCAAGGCGCGAGGAAAGAACAGCUCAAGUGGAAGUGGCCAUCUUUGCUCUCUGUGGACUGGAGCAUUACCGCUAUUGCGGAUCGCACUGAUGAAUACACGGUGAAUCUAUUUUUUCGUAAGAGACGCUUUGGUCAUACUCCUGAUAGCGUUGGUUGCCCCCGUCUUUCUUCUGCAAUGCGUCUUUUGAAUCCUUUCUCACUCCGAAUACCGACAGGGAAUUCGGUUGUUGCGGAGUGUAUGUUUGAUCGUAAGGAGAAGUGCUGGUCCAUUGAACGUCUACGCACUGAUAAGACUGAACCAAAUUCAGUUGUUACCGUCAUUUCGGUGUUGGAAAGUCUUGUGGAGGACAUAACACUUGAGGUGUUGAUUGACUUGAUUGGCGUGACGGACACCCUUUUGGCCAGUGAAGUACAGUCCCUGCAGGGAGAUGCAGAGGAGGGGGUGGGCAAGACAAACACUUGGUCCUUGGAACCCAUCAGUAAGCACAACACAUGUCAGUUAACGCUGCGAGCCACACAGUUGCAGACGCCAGGCAAUCAUGAGCUUUAUCUUUACUGGGCAGUUCGAAUUCCCUCCGAGAGGCAGUGUAUUCCAUGCAUUCACUGUAAGGUAAGCGAGUGUACAGGUUUGGGAUUUACCUGCCCGGCAGAGGAUGAGACAUCAAAGCUUACUGAAAACUUGUACAUUGCGUUGGCAAACGCAGGCGGAAGUUACGCCUGGUCGGAUUUCACAGUUGACGCCGUAUUUGACGGAGAUACGGGACGGUGGAAUAUUGUUUCUUUGCAUCCGACGGGAGACAAUCGAAAGUCCACCUAUGUAGGUAUCAUUGAGCAUCUUCAGUAUCUUCUCGUGCAUGGACGCGAAGCGGUCAGGGCCAUCAUGGCUUUUGCUGACGAGCAACAAAUAUACAGUGCAACGAAUAUGCCUAUGACGAGCUUGUUGGAGAAAACGAACAAUCAUUACGCCUGCAAAACAAGGGAAUUGUCCGCUGAAAAGAGUCGGAGCGCAUUGAGAUUGUUUAAUAAUUGGGUAAAGAACGUACUGAUUACCAAUGCAGUUGCGUACUUUCCACUGCAGCGUGGUUACGAGACGAAUGGCGACGGUCUAGCAGUGGCGGAUCUAUGCUCGGGCCGUGGGGGUGAUCUUUUCAAGUGGAGGGCGCAUCAGCCGUGGUAUCUGUUUAUGGUGGACUCCUGUUUAGACGCUGUUGCUGAAUCUGCGGCACGGUACUCCAUUUCGAGGGGUCUGAGUGUGAAGGGUGUAUCACAGGGGAAAAGUAACCCUGGCGUCUUUGCAUACUUCACCGUUUGUGACGUGUUCGACGAAAAAGGGGCCUUAGAGGUCCAAUUUGAGAACUUCUUCAACACAUAUUUGAAGGGGCGGCGGUUAGACAUUAUUUCCUGUCAGUUUUCGCUUCACUACGGCUGCAGCACGGAGGAGCGAACGACUUGUUUUCUCCGUGCCGUAUCCGCCGCGCUGCGUCCAGGCGGUGUGUUUAUUGGAACGACAGUAAGCGAUGCUGAGCUGCGUCGUCGCCUGGCUGAGCACGGGCCUGUGUUUGGAAAUAGCGUCUACACCGUGCGGUUUCCCAUGGAGGCACCACCUGAGCAAUCAUUCGGUGUACAAUACUCGGUUUCUGUAGAAGAGAGCGUGACUGAGCUUCCGGAGUACUUGGUGCCGUGGGAGCGCCUUGUCACGCUGUGUGGGUCGCUUGGUCUUCAGUUGGUGGAGUCGCUGGGGUUCAUGGAGUACAGGGACCUACACUACCACACACCCAAGGGGCAGGAGCUGCGGGAUGUUGCCGUGGUGGGCGGGAGGCGAGAUUAUGACGGUCAUGCCUUGCUCUCUCUUUCUUCAGAAGAAGAAGAGGCCGCGUCGCUGUUUCGAACGUUCUUAUUUCUUAAAAGCUGA